GUCACCCAUCAUCAAUAUUCAAUGGAGUCUCUACCAUUACUCCUUGUCUUCCUCCUCUUCUUCGUCUCCGGCCAUUCCCUCAACCCUACCUGCAACUCCCAUGACCAACACUCUACCCUCAAAGUCUACCAUGUCUCCAGCCCUUGCUCUCCCUUCCGCCCUAAAACCGCACUCUCAUGGCCGGACACCAUCCUCCAAAUGCAGGCCGACGAUCAGACCCGCCUUGCCUACCUCUCCAGCCUAGUCGCCGGCCGGUCCAUCGUUCCCAUCGGCUCCGGCAGACAGAUCAUACAAAGCCCUACUUACAUCGUCAAAGCUAAGAUCGGUACGCCGGCUCAGACCUUGCUUAUGGCGUUGGAUACAAGCACCGACAUGGCCAUGGUUCCGUGCACCGGCUGCGUUGGCUGUGCUUCCGCCGGUUUUGCUUUUGCCAAAUCUACCACUUUUACGUCUCUUAACUGCGGUGCUGCUCAAUGCAGACAGGUGAUGGACUCGAACUGUCUAGGAACGUCAACAUGCUCGAUGAACAUGACGUAUGGAAGCUCGUCCAUAGCUGCUAACUUGGCACAAGAUAACCUAACCCUAGCCAUGGACACCAUCGUCGGCUACCCCUUCGGCUGCAUUCAAAAGGUCACCGGAACUUCUCUCCCUCCGCAGGGCGUUUUAGGACUCGGCCGUGGAUCGCUCUCGUUGCUUUCGCAAUCCAAAAGCCUUUACAAAUCCACAUUUUCCUAUUGUCUGCCUAGCUUCAAGUCUCCAAAGUUCGCCGGAACCCUAAGACUAGGUCCUGACGGUCAACCCAAAAACAUCAAGUUCACGCCAUUGCUAACAAACCCUAGAAGACCUUCGCUUUACUAUGUGAAGCUCGUCGGAAUCAAAGUUGGCCCUAAGCUCGUCAACAUCCCGCCGACUGCUUUUGCACUCAACCCUAACAACGGCGCCGGCACAAUCAUUGAUUCCGGAACCGUAUUCACGAGGCUGGUGACGCCGGCAUACACGGCGGUGAGAGACGAAUUCAGAAGGAGAAUGGGACGGAAGACGGUGGUGACGUCGCUGGGAGGGUUUGACACAUGCUACAAAGUACCGGUCGGAAAACAGGUGCCGACGAUGUCGUUUGUGCUUGAGGGAGUAGUUAUGGCGAUAAAGCAGGAGAACUUCCUGAUCUACAGCUCCAACGGCGGCAUCACCUGUCUGGCGAUGUCAGCGUCGCCGUCGUUGAACGUGAUCGCCAAUAUGCAGCAACAGAAUCAUCGGAUCCUGUUCGACCUGCCGAAUUCAAGGAUUGGAAUCUCGCCUGAACGGUGCUCUUGAAGUUGAAUCACGUGAUUUCCCUCAUGGUUUCAGAUUUGUCGUUCUUGUUUCCAAUUUGUAUGUUUGCAGGGAUGCUUUUUAAUUUACUAUGCAUAACGUGACCACUUUUUUUCUGUAGACGAAUGCUAUGUAGCUUGUACUCUUUGGAUUUUUUUUAAAUAUAAUAUGUUUUU